AUGAGCAGCGCCGCCGCCCCGCGACGCCGGAGGCAUCGCCGGGUAGCAGACGCGAAUAGGAAGCGCGCUCCACGAGCGUGCCAUCUCUGCAAGGCUAGGAAGUCCAAGUGCAUCGAGACCCCAUCGGGUGUCUGUCAGAGGUGUCUACGACGUUCUCUCCUCUGCCAAUAUGACCGGUCAAGAGGAAGCAGUCCUUUGGGCAAUGAUGCCUCGUCUCCAAUGCAGAGCAGGAGACCCGAAAAUGACACGCCCGGCAUUGUGUCGAGCAUCGCCGUGGCGGAGACGAGUCCGGAGGGAAUAUUUGCCAUGAACAACGAUCCCACACAACGAACAGUAUGGCCACGUUUCCUGUCCCGACUCCGAGAAGCCUUCUCGCUGGAUGUCCAGCCUACUCCAGAGGGCGAGAGGUUGAUGCUUAUGCAAGCGCAGCCAGCUGUACCAACGCCAUCGAUACCGCCCGCGGAACUGCAACGAUUACGAAAGGCCAUCGACAGAUUUCCUCCCAAGCCAGUCGCUGAUUUCUUGAUAUCUGUUUGCAUUGAACAUGGCACAGACAGCUUCUUUUACUAUGACCAGGGUCAACUGCUGUCGGACAUCGACGAGUUCUACGCUGACCCUUGCUCUCAUCUACGUUCUGACCCUACUUUUGUCUGUAUGGUACAUGCUGUCCUGGCGUUGGGAAGCCAGUGGACAACACUUGCAAGGCCGGAAAACUCGGAGUCUUCCCUCCCGGCCGAGGAUGUAGACCCGGGCCGCAUCUUCUACAACGAAGCACGUGCGCUCAUCCCGGACAUCAUGGAUCGACCCUCGAUUCGUUGUGUACUAGCCCCAUUUAUCAUGGGUGUCUACCUCCUGCCUUCCAGCGCUAUCGGGUCAUCUUAUAUGUAUAUGGGCAUCGCGCUGAGAAAAGCCCUCGCUCUCGAUCUUCAUCAGCACACAGACGACCCCUUGUUAAGCGAGCGAGACAAAGAAGUGCGUCGAAGAGUAUGGUGGUCACUCUAUGCUCUCGAACGUUCUGUGACCGUCAAGUUGGACAGGCCUCGUUCUAUCAGCAGAGACAUCAUCACUGUUGAAUUACCAAAGUCCUAUCCGCCCCUGGACAACAUACAGAAGUUUGACAAUCUUGAACAUCAAAUCGCGGAUGCAAAGUUAGCUCUGAUCCUAGACAAGCUUGGAGAUCUCAGCGAUGACUUUCCUUCUGUGAGAAGAUGUGAAGCCGAAUUGAAAGAAUGGAAAGCUGCUCUCCCGCCGUCGCUCAAAUUUGAAAGCCUUGAUCCCAAAACGUCGUCUUAUAGAGCCGUCUUUCAUCUCUACCUAAACUACUACUACGCGUGGAUCGCCAUGGGUAGGGUGUCCGUGGUGACCGUAGUGCGAGCUCACUUACGACACAGGCUCGGUGAGGAAACACAGCUGCCACAGAUUGGACAGAACACCGACCACUUGUCCAAGUCUUGCAUCAAAGCGGCAAAGAAGAUGCUGGCACUGUUUGAGGAGAUCAAGCGAACAGGAAAUCUGACCAGAUUUUCAUUCACGGACUUUCAAGGAUGCAGCACUGCCAUCAUCAUUGUAUUGCUCGCUGGUAUCCUCGAAAGAGACGCGAACUAUGAGUCACGGGUCAAAUUGGGGCUUGAAUGCCUUCAUAAAAUGGCCGAGGGAACCGUCACGGCCAAAAUGGGAGUCUCCUUUGUCGAAGCCUUACGAUCUAUCACAAACGAAGCCGUGCAGAAGCUACAGGCUACGCAGCAGUCAGUACGGGUUGCGUCGCCGCAUCCGUCAGAACAGUCUGCAGCAUACAACACUUGGCUAGAAUGGUUAUCGAGGGCCAAUGGAGCCCAGAGCGGAACCGCAUCCUCGUCAAGUCAGUCGGUCGUGGAGGAGCCAGCAGCAUCACAUAAUCAGAGCAGCAGCGCCUGGGCACUCGGGCAUCACAUGCCGGGAGCUCUCACCUGGGAUGGGGGAGCUGCUCUCCAACAAGUGACGCCGCAGUCGCUCCUUGCACCGUUGCAGGAGACCCCAGCGGAGCAUACUGCCAACAUCGAUCCUUAUCUUUUCACUACUCCAGCACUUUUCGACGAUGACCAGGUCUAUCUCAUGGGACUGACGGGAAUGGACGUCCUGAACUUUGUGGAUGAGGCCACUGUUAUCUCACCUGCAGACGGUGGCCACCAGGCACAGGCCAAGCUCGGAUUCAAAAUCCAGAACUGUUUAUCUGCGAGAUCCCUCCUUGGCGUAUCUUCUCGGUGCUUGGUGUUUGAGGUCUCCAUCAUCAUGGCUGCGACAGACACUACAUCCUACAGGCGCAUCGACCGCCCUGAAAACGAUGAGAAAGAUGCUAGCAUUACUCUUGCCUUGCCAGACUAUGACAAGGGCGCCGCUUGGACGAAUUACGUCGCCGUUGGCGCUGGGGCCGUCUUUUCGCUCGUGUGUAUCAUCACCGCCGGCGUCACCAUUGCCAAGAACCCUAAUGGGCCCAUCGCGGGUAUUCGUUACAAGCGACUAGCACUCAGAUCCUCGAUGGAGUACGAAGCGUUUUCCCUGCUCGUCAACAUAGCGCUCACCCUUGUCACCGACACGCUCUCCUUCAUCCACUCCGUCUCGCUGCGAUGGGCCCUCGCACGGGAGGGCAGGCUCGAGUUCAACACAAACAUUCGCCUCCUGACCAGUUCGAGACACGGCGGGCCCAACAGCUGGUGGGCCAAUGCGUUUUCCCUGGCGACCUUGAUGCUGUGCUAUGGCUCGACAAGCGUGUUGUUCGUGACGGGAAUAAGAGGAUCCAACGUGCAGACGUCCGCGCAGGAGGCGUCUGGAGAUGACAUCUGCCCAGGCCCCGUAUGUGCCAACAUGGUCGCUCUGGCGGCGCUGGGUAUCGGCCUCGCGGCACAAACCGCCAUCGCAGCGUGGUGUCUGUUCGCGGCCAGAGGCAAGACGGCACAUAGACAAGAGGCGAUCCCGACAUGGAGCACCAGCCCCCUCAACGCGACGCUGACGGCUCUGCACACCGGGCUCGUCACUCACCGCGACGGUCGCUGCAUGUUAUCCGUCCACCAGCGCGACGCACCCACUGAUGGGGGGGUGACUCCCUCUGAACGGCAGGGCGCUGUGUGGAGCGUACACCGCGCGGUCCGCUACGUGGUGUACUACCUCUGGGGCUUGUCCUUCGUCGCCGUGGCCUGGCCCGUCAUAAUUGCCAUCGUUGUCAGCGAGUUUUGGGACACGCCGCGAUUCUCCUGGACGCCGGACAACUUCAGCGCCGUCGUGCUGGCCAUGUCUCCAGCCGAGAACAUCGGCCAGAUGGACAAGGCCGAGGCAAAGGGUGCCUACUUCUCGUUUGGGGGCGAACUAGUCUUGGGGGUCGUAUUCGUCACCGCGAUACAGGCCCUGCAGACCACGGGGCUGCACGCGACGGAGCUGCUGGCGAGCCUCAGCCGCGAUGAGGGCACCUGGCGGCAAGCUACCAGGGCGGCGCGACGUACAAGUCAGUGCCGUUCUUCGCCGCCCUGA